GGAGCCCGGAGCCCGCGGGGACGAGGCCGAAGUUGGGCGCGCCGCGGAGUUGCGCCCGCGCCCGGGGCCCCGGACCCCGCGCCCCGCGAACUCGGGCGGCGGCUGAGGCGACGGCUGCGGCGGCCCGAGCAGCAUGCCGAGGAGGAAGCAGCAGGCCCCCCGGCGCUCGGCAGCUUAUGUUCCUGAGGAAGAACUGAAGGCAGCAGAGAUAGAUGAAGAGACCGUGGAGGAGGAUGGGCCGUCUGUGGACGUCCAGGAGAGCGAGUAUGUGUGCAACGAGGAGACGGAGAUCAGAGAAGCCCAGAGCUACCAGAACUCCCCCGUCAGCACCGCGACUAACCAGGACGCGGGCUACGGGUCCCCCUUCAGUGAAAACAGCGACCAGCUAGUCCACUUCAAGGGCUCUUCCUCCAGAGAAGAGAAGGAGGAUCCGCAGGGCCCGGACGGCGUCUCCUACCCCCAGGACAGCUUGGCGCAGAUCAAGGCCGUGUACGCAAACCUGUUCUCCGAGUCGUGCUGGUCCAGCCUCGCCUUGGACCUAAAGAAGCCCGGUUCCACCACCAGCACCACCGAUGCGGGCCCGAAGGAGAGCUCCACCCCCGCGCCCACGCCCCCCACCAGCACGGCGGGGCCCACGGGCACCACCGCGAGCACCCCCAGCUCCGGCUCCGGCUCCGGCGGCGGCGGCGGCGGCUCGGGCUACGACUGGCACCAGGCCGCGCUGGCCAAGACGCUGCAGCAGACCUCCUCCUACGGGCUGCUCCCCGAGCCCAGCCUCUUCAGCACCGUGCAGCUCUACAGGCAGAACAACAAACUCUACGGGUCCGUGUUCACGGGCGCCAGCAAGUUCCGCUGCCGGGACUGCAGCGCCGCCUACGACACGCUGGUGGAGCUGACGGUGCACAUGAACGAGACCGGGCACUACCGCGACGACAACCGGGACAAGGACUCCGAGAAGACCAAGCGGUGGUCCAAGCCCAGGAAGCGCUCGCUGAUGGAGAUGGAGGGGAAGGAGGACGCGCAGAAAGUGCUCAAGUGCAUGUACUGCGGCCACUCCUUCGAGUCGCUGCAGGACCUCAGCGUGCACAUGAUCAAGACCAAGCAUUACCAGAAAGUGCCUCUGAAGGAGCCGGUGCCGGCCAUCACCAAAUUGGUCCCUUCCAGCAAGAAGCGCGCGCUGCAGGACCUGGCGUCGCCCUGCUCUCCCGAGCCAGCGGGGCUGGCCGCCGACGCGGCGCUCGGCGAGUCGGCCAAGGACCAGAAGGCCGCCAACCCCUACGUGACGCCCAACAACCGCUACGGCUACCAGAACGGCGCCAGCUACACCUGGCAGUUCGAGGCCCGCAAGGCGCAGAUCCUCAAGUGCAUGGAGUGCGGCAGCUCCCACGACACGCUGCAGCAGCUCACCGCCCACAUGAUGGUCACCGGCCACUUCCUCAAGGUGACCACCUCGGCCUCCAAGAAGGGGAAGCAGCUGGCGCUGGACCCCGUGGUGGAAGAGAAGAUCCAGUCCAUCCCUCUGCCCCCCACCACGCACACCCGGCUGCCCGCCUCCCACGUCAAAAAGCAGCCCGACUCUCCCGCGGGGGCCUCGCCCGCCGAGGAGAAGAAGGAGCCUGAGCAGGAGAAGGCGCCGGCGGCCGGCGAGGCGGAGAAGAAGGUCAAGGAGGAGAGCCAGGACGCCCCCGAGAAGUUCGAGCCCACCGCGCUGUACCGCUACCUGCGCGAGGAGGACCUGGACGACAGCCCCAAGGGCGGGGUGGACAUCCUCAAGUCGCUGGAGAACACGGUGUCCACGGCCAUCAGCAAAGCCCAGAACGGCGCGCCCUCGUGGGGCGGCUACCCCAGCAUCCACGCGGCCUACCAGCUGCCCGGCACCGUGAAGCCGCUGCCGGCCGUGCAGAGCGUGCAGAUGCAGCCAUCCUACGCGGGGGGCGUGAAGCCGCUGCCGUCGGAGCACAGCGCGCUCCUGCACUCCCCGGGGAGCCUCACGCCCCCCCCGCACAAGAGCAACGUGUCCGCCAUGGAGGAGCUGGUGGAGAAGGUCACGGGCAAGGUCAGUGUCAAGAAGGAGGAGAGGCCGGCCGACAGGGAGAAGGGCUCUCCGGCCAAGGCCUUGUCGCCCGUGGCCAAAGAGAACAAGGACUUCCCUCGAGCGGAGGAGAGCGGUGGCAAAGUCCAGCAGAAGAAAGGCCCCGAGGGGGAGGCGGGCAAGGCCAAGAAGGAGGGCGUGCUGGAGGCUCACACGCCAAACGGCACCGAGCCGCUGAAGGCCAAAGUCACCAACGGCUGUAACAACCUGGCGGUCAUCACAGACCACUCGCCCGAGCCCUCCUUCAUCAACCCGCUGAGCGCGCUGCAGUCCAUCAUGAACACACACCUGGGCAAAGUGUCCAAGCCGGCGAGCCCCUCGCUGGACCCGCUGGCCAUGCUGUACAAGAUCAGCAACAGCAUGCUGGACAAGCCUGUCUACCCCGCCACCCCCAUCAAGCAGGCCGAUGCCAUCGACCGCUACUACUACGAGAACAGCGACCAGCCCAUCGACCUGACCAAGUCCAAAAGCAAGCCCCUGGUCUCCAGUGCGGCCGACCCCGUGGCGUCGCCUCUCCGGGAGAGCGCCCUCAUGGACAUCUCGGACAUGGUGAAGAACCUCACGGGCCGGCUCACCCCCAAGUCCUCAACGCCCUCCACCGUGUCGGAGAAGUCGGACGCCGACGGCAGCAGCUUCGAGGAGGCGCUGGACGAGCUGUCGCCCGUGCACAAGAGGAAGGGGCGACAGUCCAACUGGAACCCCCAGCACUUGCUCAUCCUCCAGGCUCAGUUCGCCUCGAGCCUGCGGGAGACGCCGGAGGGCAAGUACAUCAUGUCGGACCUGGGCCCCCAGGAGCGGGUGCACAUCUCCAAGUUCACCGGGCUGUCCAUGACCACCAUCAGCCACUGGCUGGCCAACGUGAAGUACCAGCUGAGGAGGACAGGGGGGACCAAGUUUCUGAAGAACCUGGACACAGGGCACCCUGUUUUCUUUUGCAACGAUUGUGCCUCUCAGUUCAGAACUGCUUCCACGUACAUAAAUCAUCUAGAGACACACUUAGGCUUCAGCUUGAACGAUCUCUCCAAGCUGCCACUCAAUCAGAUUCAAGAACAGCAGAACGUUUCCAAAGUCCUGGCAAACAAAGCUCUGGGCCCAGUAGGGGCCGCCGAGGACGAUUUGGGCUCCACAUUCCAAUGCAAGCUUUGCAAUCGGACUUUUGCGAGCAAGCACGCAGUCAAACUGCACCUUAGUAAGACCCACGGCAAGUCCCCAGAGGACCACCUGAUCUAUGUGACAGAGUUGGAAAAACAGUAGCGUCCAGGUAUGCAAGGGACCGAGGCACAUUGCACUAACCGUCUUCUUUGUACUGCACUAGGCCCGGCUGAGCCUCCGAAAUCAGCCUUCCCUUUGUUGCCGAGCCGGCUGUCUGGACCUUGGUUUUUCUUACACAUAUUUUGUAGUUAUAUUUAUAUGCUCUUUGUCCGAUUGUGCAUGUUAUUUUUCUUUUUCCGUGAGUCAAAGUCUGACCUUUAUUUUCAACAUCUGUUCUUGAUGUUAAGCUAUCUUUUGUAGGAAAUAGUGGGGCACACUACUCAGAGACAUUUAUUUAGCAGGAAAGAAAGACACAAAUAACAAUGAUAAAAAGACAUCCUAAAAUUACAAAGUUGCCAUGACAAUAAAGGUCAUAGAACCUAGUAGUGUCAAAUUUAACCCUUCGAGGACUGCAAUUGCAUUUCUGUGCCUUUCACUCAAAAAAAAAAAAAAAAAAAGAAAAGAAAAGAAAAAAAGGCUUAAAGGCAUUUCAUUCAGAUCAAAAGCUGUGUCAGACACAAAACUUAUUUAAUAAUUAAAAAACGAGCUUUUAUAUGCAGAACUGGUUUGUGAAGGAAACAUGCAUGCAGCUGUUGGAAGAUAGAAAGUUGUCUAGGACUCAUGGGGUUAGGAAGCCACAGCUUUACACAUUUAAAACCACAACAACAACAAAAAAACAAAACAAAAAAAAACCCACCACCACCACCACCACCACCACCACCACCACCACCAAACAUCCCCAGUUGCCACUCUGCCCAAAUCCUCUGGAUGCUGAAAAAAAAAAUGCCACUUUCGGCAAAAAAGUAUGCAAGCUAUUAUUUAAAAAUGUGUAAAAAUGCUAUUUCUUUUUUCCUGUAAAAUACUGCAGUUUAUAGUUAUUUACAAAUGUAAGCUUUGGUAUAAGCUGACCUUUCUAUAGCGUGCUGCAUUGGUAAAUGAAAAAAAAAAAAUGGGGCAAAUGUUGGAGUCCUUUCUCUGUAAAUUGCCAGCAUCAGCUUAAAAACCCCUAUAUGUUACAUUAUCGUACAUUUUAAUCUAUUCAACUUUCUUUGUACCUUCUGGCUGUAUGCUUCUCUUUUAACUUUUUAUAUUGUCAUUUUAUAUUAAAUUUCUGUGUAUAUAAUGUAAAACCACAAUUUUUGAAUAAAAUUUAGUUCCUGCAGCUUGAUUUAAAUAGAGAAAUUUUACUGGCACCUGCGUCUUUCCAGAUGCAUGUAUAUCAGACAAAAAUAAAUAAAUGAAAACAAAGCAAACAGUGCACUAUUAAUUAUACAUUUUGAUGUUCUAUCAUUAAUAUUGUACAGUACAUUUUGGUUCACACAAUUAAAUCCACUGUUUUCUCAAAUGUAAAAUAAACCCACAUGCAGUUCUUGAUUUA